UUAUCAGAGAAAUCAGCCCAGGUAAGUCAGACCUAAAACACACACAGCAUUUCAUUCCUCUGGCCAGAAGGACUGGUCCCCGAAUGGACACGUGAUCCAUCUGGGGCCAACAAGAUGUGAUGGGGCACUUGCUGGAAGUUUCUGGGAAAGAAGAGUCCAUUCUUAGGAACAAGCUCUAUCUCCUUACAAACGGAGUGGUUAUAGACGUGAUGCCUGGAACUUUUGCAGCCCGGAGCGCUUAACAGAUUCCAGGCUUGGUAAAUGUCAACAACUCUAUGAAGCUGGUACUACGGCCAUAGCCCUUUACGGGUGAGAAAACCAAGGCCCAGAGAGGCUAAGGGACUGGCCUGACGUCACAGAGCCGAUGGGCGGCGGAGCCUGGGUUUGAACUCAGGAGGCCUGUGGCCCCAGAGUCAGAACACUGAACCGCCUAUCGUGUCACGACGAUCGUGUGCAUUUGCCACGUCAGGACAUUCUACCUGGAAUAUCUCACCGGAUGUCAGAGCAACCCCACAAAAUAGCAUUACAUCCCACUUGACGGAUGGCAGAGCCGUCUCUGAAAACCAGGGGAAAUGCUACAUCCGUGGACGGGUGGAUGAAGACGGGAGGCCGGACCCGUCGAGUGGCCCUGACUCGAUCCCCGUGCUCCCGGCCAAGACCGGGCUCGGGAAGUUCCCGUCGCCCCUGGAGCAGGCCCUUGGGACCGAGAGCCUCAUCCUGUCUGGGAUCGCCGAGGGCCGCCCUGGGCACCGAGUUCCCAGUAGCUUCAAAGGGAGCCCAGAGCCAGCCGAGGUCCCAGGGGGCGCGGACAGCAGGAACGCCCGCCUGGCCCCCGCCGCUGUCGACGCGCCCCGCUGUCAGACGUCAGAAGCGCGAGGCGGCUUUGGUCUCGGCCGUCGGCGGAUGCGACCAGGGCAGCGCGGAGCCAGGCGCUUCUGGGAACCGUGCCGGCAUUUCCUCGUUCCGUCAGCUCGGCCGAAGCGCCCCAGAAACCACAUGCAGAACAAAGUCUCCGGGGCUCUGUCUGGAAGGCGAGAGGAUUAGGGGGGAGAGGACGGCGUGCCACUGGGGAGCCUCCCCAGGGCCUGGGAACCUCUCCAGGCCUCCCCUGAGCCGACCGGCCCCCCGGGGAUGGCUCAGGGGCCUCGCGCUGCGGGAAUCACAACCGGCAGGCGGCAGGGGCCGCCCGUGUCCUGAGCGGGGGCUCGCCAGCCAGGGGUGCGGGCCCUCACGGGCCUGGUCUCAGCCCCUCAGACGCCCCGGGAUGAGGAGACUGAGGCCCAGGGACGCGAGUGACUUUCCCGAGGGCUCCACCCGCUCUCAGCCGGGACAGGAGCCACUGGGGCUGGAAUCAGAGACUCAGAUAACUUCGAGGUGCUCGUGGCCGAGGCUGGGGCUGGAUGGAGGGAAGCAGUGAGGGGGUUGUGCGGGUUGCCGUGGGGGGUCAGGAGGACGUGAGUGAGCAUGGGGACCAGCUGGCCGUCCGCCCUGCCACCAAAGGCCCGCUCAGGAAGGCUGUCACGGACCUGAGCCCCGACACCCCCACGUGGAGGUGGGAGUCAGCCAGGUCCAUCGGGACCACCCUAGUCACCAGCCUCUGUCCCCAAGCCCUGCUGCCCACCCAGCAACCUACUCAGAUGGGAGGGAGGCUCUGGGUGGGGGAGGGGGUCUGGAGCCCUGUGGGGAGGCUCCUGGGUGGGGAUCCGGGGAGACCCCGGGCCAGGCUCUGGGAUGGGGAGGUUGGCUCUCAGGAAGAGGACAGGGAAGGCAGCCAGGAUGCACGCUCGAGUGCACACGGCCCCCGAAGGGCGGACACACACCCGCCCGUGUUCUCUGCGCUCCCACAACCCAGGCGCCCACUGGCUCCCCGGGCAGGUCAGGACGAGGGUCUGGGGAUGGUGGGCACACACAGCCAGGUAGGCUGCUCCCCUCCCCAGACCGGGAGCCCCUGCUGUGUCAGGUGCCCUCCCGGUGCCCGGGGGGAGGCUGGCUGCCACCGUCUCUGCCCACCCCGUCUGCCCUUCUCCUUGUCUCGUCUCCGGGUGUCCCCGAGACACCGGCUCCAAGUCGGCUCCCCUGCAUCCCUGUGGGUGCGGCUCUCGCUUCACCUGCUUCUGUUCUCAGUCCUUCUCCCCCCACCUCUGCUCUCUCUCUCUCUCUGUGGCUUGCUCUGUCUCUCCCUCCCCACCCCAGGGGCUUCUCCCAUGGACAUUUCCGGGACAACCCUCUCCCAAACCCCACAAGCGAUCCACUCUCGUGGCCUCAGAGCCCCGCUCAGAGCCACAUGCCUGGGACCAGAGGCGGCCAGGAGACGGGUGUGGGCCUGGGGCAGGGUGGGUGGGGGCUUCACUGUGGGGGCUGCAGGAGGCAGAGAGCAGCCGGCCCCUUCCCUGUCACCCUCCGAGUGGGCUGGGGGAGACCUCUGCAGAGGUUUGCAUCUCGUCAGUGGCCUCCUCCGCCCCGGGGGCUCCCGGGAGCAGCCUUCCUGAGCCCCCCCGGAACGUGUGGAGGGACGGGCUCGGUUCUCCUGGAGACAGACGUGCCCAGGAUGGGUCUGAACUUUCCAAACCCAGGCGGCCCCCUAACCUGCUUCUCCUUUCUUCCAGAACAUGCUUUGUCCACUUCAGGAAUCCUGGACCUCCUGAGGUCUGCCUGGAGGUGGGGUCAGCAGCGCCCCCAGCCUGGCCUCUGGGGCUGCUAGGGAAAGCCCUGGGGCUGUGGAGCCGGGGAGCAGCACAG